CUCCUUCGGGUCUUUCUGUCUUCCGCGGCGCGAGCCCCUGACUCAAGCUCGCUUUUCUCUGUACGGCGCAUCCCGGGCUUACUCUCACCGCCUUUCCACUCGGCCCAUAGCUAAACCAUUCCUGACUCCCUUCAUGGCGUCGCUUCUGUGCUGUGGGCCCAAGCUGGCCGCCUGCGGCAUCGUCCUCAGCGCUUGGGGAGUGAUCAUGUUGGUAAUGCUCGGAAUCUUUUUCAACGUACAUUCUGCUGUGCUAAUUGAGGACGUUCCCUUCACGGAGAAAGAUUUUGAGAAUGGUCCCCAGAACAUAUACAACCUUUACGAGCAAGUCAGCUACAACUGCUUCAUCGCUGCGAGCCUUUACCUCCUCCUCGGAGGCUUCUCUUUCUGCCAAGUUCGGCUCAAUAAGCGCAAGGAAUAUAUGGUGCGCUAGAGCACAGUCGUGUUUACCCUCUUCAGCCCCCUCCUCUAUUUAAAGGUUCUCCUCACCCUCUCAUGAUCCCCCAUUCUGGUGCCCUCUACGGGACUCGGUUUUCCUGGAGAGAGAUUUAAUCCCUGUUCUCCCAUCUCUGGUGCCCGACCCCAGUGGAGGGUGGCUGGGACUGACCGUCAUCUGUUCCUCCAGCCCCUUUUUCGCUUUGUCCCGUACCACAAU